AUGGACGUGGACAGUGGCGAAGCAAAGCGCAGAAGAGAAGACGAAUUGAAUGUGUCAAGCUUGAACAUCAGCCUCAACGAAGCCCCCAGUAAGUCUUGUUGCGAAGUGUUCGGUCUUUAGGACGAUGUCUGAACAGUUUUGAUGGGCAAUUUAAGCGUUCGUUCGAGGUAUCUGUGCUCUAAAUCUGAUUAUUUUACAGAAAAGCUCCCUCCGCAAUCGAUUCCGUCAGGGUGCAACACCUCAAUCAGGUUGAAUGGAUACAAUAUCUCAUUGGCCAAGAAGAACGAGCCCGGAUACCUGGAAAAAAUCUACAAGUAUCGUGUCACCAUUGCCGCUCAGUACCCGGAUAGAAUUACGAAAGAUGAAGCCGGAAAUGAAUUUUCGGUGCCUCGUAAGGAGCGCCUAUUGCAUGAUGGGAUGAACGGAGAGUGAGUUCAUCGACUUUGUGAUGCAAGAAUAUCGAAUUUUUGUAUUGCUGUUGUUUCAUUCGAUCACUAAUGGAUAAAUUUUUAGUGUGGCGAAGUCUCAACGUUCCAACAUCUCGUAUGUUGUCUUGGAAAAUGUUGCCCAGCAAUUUUAUGGUUUCAAGGGAAUGGAGUACGUAUAUGAUCGAGUAAACAUUGUCUAUUCUUCCAAGAAGUUGUGCGAGGAAUCCCGCAUUGAUGUAAUCGAAGUGGCUGGAAACGUAAGACAGUGAUGUUUCGAUUUAUUUUGUUUUUAGGAAAAGCUCGUAAGAUUGGACACUUCAUUUUACGGCCGUCCCUCCGCCUACAAGGUAGAUUUGUCUCUCGUGGAGAUUGUGAAUCCCCACAAUCAGGAAGAAAUCGGGGCCUUGGUUCAGUUUUUGGAAAUUGCCACCUCAGUGAAAGCCUAUAGGUGAGAGUAUUAUUCGAAGUGCAUGUUGGGUUUAGAAACAUCGCCGAAGCUCUUGCCAAGCGAGAGAAGCCGAAGGUCGAAGUCACUAAGAAUAAGAUAUAUUUUCCCUUGGAAAGCAAGCCUUUCAACAAUGAUCCGCGUAUCUUGAUGAAAGGAAUCGACAAGUCUGUGACUGUCGCUGGUGAUUUGUUCAACCCAAAGUUUAUUUUGAAGUUUGAUGGUAAGAUUUUAAUAUGGUUUUAUUAUUUUUAGUGUUGAUACACAGUAAUCUUUGUUGUUUUCAGCAAAGAGCAGUCCGUUCUUCCCCGAAGGAGAGUUGGUCACUUUUUUGAGCAGGUUGAUGACGGCUGGGAGACAGUUUGGUGGCCCGGGUGGUGGGUUCAGGGAUCGCAGCUCGUCCCGUGCAUCCUAUCGCGACAGUUCCCGCGACAGCCGUGCAGGUUACGAUCGCGGUGGAUACGAACAAAGUGGAGGUGGCGGAGGCAGUGAAGAGCUGGCUGGGAUCCUCCGAGACAACAGAAAGUUGGAUCUUGCCACUUUACACUUGAAAAGUAAGAAUUGGAUUUUAUGGUUGAUAUUGUCUUUAAUUUUUCUCAAUUUCAUUAUCUUGUUGUUGUAGAUGUCGUUGUCAGAACAACUCAUCUCGGCGAGAAGAACAAGGUGUUCCCAAUUCACGGACUAGGCGAUCCAAUUGAUCAAAUCAAAUUUACGAAGCGCGAUGGAGCUACCGAAUACGUAUACGACCGUUUCAGAAAUAAUUACGGGCUCUCCAUCAAUGGACGCCUUCCAGCGGUUAUUCAUUAUGACAAAGGCAGGAAAGUCAGCAGUUUCUAUCCCAUGGAAGUCUUGGAGAUCCUCCCGAACCAACGUGUUUCGGUACAGAAGUCUCAAAUGGAACCAAAUUUGGUUAGUUUAUAUUACUUUUCGCUUGUAGCCGUGGUGUUGUAUAUUUUUAAUCCUUACAUGACAAUUUCCAUUUUUCAGACCGAGAUCAUGACUCGUGAAUGUCAACAGACUCCGACUGUCAUGACUAGGCUGUUUGAAGAUGCCAAGAGGGAGAUCCACAUCAACAAUUCAAACCCUUGGUUUAAGCAUUUUGGAGUAAGUGGCUGUUUUUGUUGAUGUUGUUUUGUGUUUAGAUUAGAGUCGAAAGUGAUCUCAUCGAGACGAACAAGGGAAUUCUGAUUCCUCCACCAGACCUUGUCCUCGGAAACGAUCGGCGUGCCAAUCUGGACAGAAAUCAAAUGAACUUCCGUCUGGACCGAGAUAUUUUGAGAAGCACCCCAAAAGACAACAUUCAUUGGUGUCUUGUCGAUGUUCAAGGAUGUCUGGGAAGAGAUAUGGAGUGAGUGUCGCUAUGAUUUUUUUGUUUUAGAAGAAACAGUGUGUAAUUUACUGUUUUAGCCGCUUCCUGGACAAUUACAUCAGAAGAUGCGGUGAACUCGGCCUUCGUCUUCCCGACCCGGACCAAAGAAGAGCCCCCGAUAUGCGUGGAAGCCGUGAAGAUGACUUUGAUCGAGCUUUCAGACAGCUGAAACAGGACAAUUUCACCUUUGCUAUCUUCAUCACUCGUGGAAAAACUGAUGCCUCACAUGAGUACAUCAAGUACUUUGAAAGCAAGUAUGGUGUACUCACGCAGCACAUUAUUCAAAAGAAUGCCUCCAUGUGCAAGUCGGACACCUUGAACAACAUUAUUUUGAAGACCAACUUGAAAUUGGGAGGGCAGAAUUGGCUCACCAGGGUUAAUCAACUCCAGUCCUCCAAGUAAGCGUAAUUUUUAGAGUUAGUCGUUGUUUUAUGGGAGUAAAAUUGUUUAUUUGCUUUCAGAUCGGUCAUAAACAUGACCAAAACCAUGUUCAUUGGGAUCGGCUUUUCCCAGGCUGGGCCUCAAGGAGUGGAACGGAACGAAACUUCGGCUCCGGCAAUCUACACCGCUUCGAUUACCUACACUGUCGACCCCGACCUCAGACUGAACGGGGAUUGGUGGUACUACGAGAAGCAGAAGGGAGCCAAUGCUGUUCCACUUGGUGGAGGGGAUGAGGAACCAAGUGAAUACGAAACCAAUUUGGGAGGAAUGUUGAGACAAGCAUUGGAGAAAUGGAGAGUCAAUACUGGAAAUUUCCCAGCUCAUGUUGUGGUUUACAGAAACGGAACUGUAAGUGAAUAUACUUUUUUUUGUUACUCUGCUUUUAGAGUGAGGGAGAGUUCGCCCAGAUCUUCAGGAAAGAAGUGAAGCUAGUCGAGCAAACUUGCGCUGCUCUUGGACCAAAUGCUCCGACAAGAACUUUCUUGGUGGCCAUCAACAGAAGCAACAACCGCCUCUUCCGUCUGGCCAGGGAAACCAACCCCAACGAUAGACCUCCUCAACAGAACGUUCGUGCCGGAACUGCCUACUUUGCUGGACUUACUCAUCCAAGACUUACUGAGUUUAUCUUGCAAUCUCAUCGUUCCAUCCAAGGCACUGGACGUCCGGUUCGCUACGUUGUCCUCAACGAUACCUGUAUCCCAAGAGUAUCGACUGAAGAAUUGAUCAACAUCAGCAAUGCUCUGGCCUAUUCUCAUGGAGUGGUAACUUCCCCGGUCUCCCUCCCGUCAUGCCUUUACGCUGCCCAAGACCUGGCCGAACGCGCUCAGAAACAUGUUAAACAUGUGCGUGGGAACAUGUCUAUCAAGCAACUGAAUGAGCAGAUCCGCCCGAACGUUGACCACAGAUUCUGGGCUUGA